AGACCUUUUGUACACAGGAGGACAGAGCGGGACUUUACACGCAGGGACAACAAUAUAUACAAAUAUAUAUAUAACAGAUUUUGGAUCAUCUUAAAUCUGAUUACUGGAAUAAUGAAGUCUCCAAAACUCAAACCUAAAGCGAGGUUCGUCAACGAGGAGGACCUGGACGACGUGCUGUGCGAGUUCGACGCGGUGAUGGAGGACUUCACGUCGCCGGUGGAGAAGCGACACUUCCGGUACGACGAGCACCUGAAGGCGAUGAAGAGGAGGAGCAGCGCCAGCGUCAGCGACAGCGGCAUCAGCGACUCCGAGAGUGCCGAAUCGCUCAACAGAAACAGCUUCAGCUUCAGCGACGAGAGGCUGAACUCCCCCGCCGCCCACUCGCCCCCUCUGAUGUCACCAAAACCCAAACUCGGCGACACUAAAGAGCUGGAAGACUUCAUCGCCGACCUCGACAGGACAUUGGAGAGCAUGUGACAGAGAGGCCUGCAGUCGUCUUGGAGCGUAGCCAGGUGGGAGGGGGUGGAUGUCUGGACUCCCCCCCCAUGAGCAGCUAACACGAGUCCGGCUCCGACACAGAAAACCACCCAACAGGAUACAGCUGGACUUCCCAGUGGCUCCACCGCGGCAUCAGGUCUAGCCAGCACCCUCCUAAAGUUAACCCGGCUACUGACUCCUGGCUUCUGGACCGCGAGCCGGGUCCAAAUUUGCAUUUGCAAGGGAACCUGAGGACAAGAAUACUUCAGCAGCAAACAUGUA